AAAAAAAAAGGGCCUGACACCCCACUGUCUUUAAACAUUGGGCUGCAUUAUGUACUACAAAUGGGUUAGUUUGCCUGCUAGUUGCUACAUACCUGGAUAGCUUUAGCUGAAUGUAACCAGUCAAAUAUUAUGGUUACUUGCAGACAGAUUGGGUGAUUCAUUGAACCUUUCAGCUGCUCUGGAUUGUGUUACAGUUGCUAGGGCAGAGCCAUGUAGUAACCUUGGGAACUGCCUAAUGAAAUGCAUUCCUGAGUAGCCUCAGGUGAAUGUGAUUAUGUGCUAAGCUACACUCUACCUGAGCUUUCCAGAGAUUGUAGCAGUCCUGUGUCAUGGCUACUUGCUGAUACAUGGGGUAAUGCGUCAACUCCUUUCAGCUGCCCGCAUUGUGUUAUGGUUGCUAGGGCACUGUAGUGUAGUUACUACUAAGAACUGGCUAAUUAGAUGCAUUCCUGAGUAGCCUCAGGUGAAUGUGAUUACGUGAUCAGUUACACUCCAGCUGAGCUUCCCAGAGAGUUGCACCAGUUCUGUGUUAUGGCUACUGCUGCUACACCAGUAACAUUCUACAAAGAGGUAUCUUCCAAAUGUCAGUCUUUCAACCUUCUGGUAUAUCACCAGAAUGAUAUAGUUCAAAGCUUGAAGACUCAUCUGCAGGUGAAGAACAGCCUUGCUUAUCAACCCCUUCUCGACCUCGUGGUACAGCUGGCUAGAGAUCUCCAGAUUGACUUCUAUCCCCACUUUCAAGAGUUUUUCCUAGCUGUCUCUUCUAUACUGGAAACCAAAGACACUGAUUUAUUAGAAUGGGCCUUUACUUGCCUGUCGUAUCUCUACAAAUAUCUAUGGAGGAUGAUGGUAAAGGAUAUGCCAGCUAUAUACAGUCUGUACAGCACUCUUUUGGCCCAUCAGAAGCCACACAUCAGAAACUUUGCAGCAGAGAGCUUUGCAUUUUUAAUGAGGAAGGUGCCUGAUCUAAACGAGCUAUUAAAUUUCAUGUUUUUGGAUCUUAAAGAGCACCCUCAAAAGGCACAAGGCCUGGGGCAGUUACUGUUUGAGAUGUGUAAAGGGGUUAGAAACAUGUUUCACUCCUCAGCCCUAAAGGCCAUAAAACUAAUACUACAAAAGCUUGGACCUGUCACUGAAACUGAGGAGGAGUUGCCAUGGAGUCUGGUUGGGGAAACUUUGAAACAUUUUGUGGAGUCUGCAACACAUUAUAUCAACACAGAGCAUUUUAAUCCACUAAUUACCAAUAUUCAGGAGACCCUUUUAGCACUUUCAAAGAAAAUAGGGUCAAAUCCAUCUGAAUGUUCAGAUCAAAUUGAAAGGUUGCUGCAGGCGUAUUCUGUGCUUUUGGCGCAUGGUCACGGAUCUAAGGUCCCAAAACCAGAAACUGACUGCCAGACUUUAACAGAAAUGAUGAACACUCAAAAUAUGUCAUUGUCAUGUUGUGGUAACCUUUUGAAGAUAACUUCUACUUUACUUUUAAAUGACAACAUUUCACUGCCUGCCUGUGAUAUAGAACACACCAUCAGUAAGGUCUUUCAAAGUGGAUUUGCAAGAAGUUUAAUUCUGGAGUUUUCUGAAGAUAUGUUCCGUAUGAAGCAAUUUGAGCAGCAUUUUUUACAAAGCUUCCUACAGUACAUUCUGUUACUUUUUAAAGAAGACGACAGUCAAGUAAAGGAUGAGGCCUUGGUGAUACUGGCAAAGCUUAUCUUAUCAAAAGCUGAACCUCCUUCUACAGCAUCAAUGGCAUUUGAGAAAUAUCCCCUUGCUUUUGGUGUGAAAUCCCUAAACAAGUCUAAAUGUGCUGAAGGGGAGCCUUCAACAGUGCUAAGCUAUGUACUCUCCUUGGUUCAGUUAUCAGAGGGACAAGAUAUCACCAACCUUCCCCAGUGUUGGGCUGCACUUAUUGUUCUGCCUCAUUUAAGGCCACUGGAAAAAGACAACAUUCUGCCACUUUUAAAGACUUUUAUUGAAAAGCUUUUUGUUUUAACGGAUCAAAUACAACAGAAGCAAGGAAUCCUAUUUGUACUUUGCCAAGCUGUAAGCACACUACUCAGUUUGGAUGACUCUUCAGAAAUUCUUUCUAUUGUUCCAGUAGAGAAUGUGAAGUGCCUUUUGCUGACUUUCCCCUCUGAUCCAAGCGUCUUGCUCUUGGCUGAUCUGUACUUUACUAGAUUAGUAUUUUGUGGCCACCAGAAUCGACUGUCACACAACACCAUGGUGGAGAUCUUUACCAAACUGCAAAAUAACAUUUCAACAAACUCCUCAAAGGUGCGCCUUUUAACGAUAAGGAUUUUAAAUAAUUUUGAUGCUCCUCUCACUUCUGCUCUUGAGGAAAUGCAGAGAGAGGGGAGUCAGUCACUGUUUUCAAUCCUGUUGCAAGCUGAACUUGUACCAGCAACUGUUCAUGAAUACAGAGAGAAACUUCUUCAUCUCAGAAAACUGAGGCAUGAUCUGGUGAAAACUGUAGCAAAAGGAGACUUGCAGGAGGUACCUCUACGGUAUUUACUGGCAAUGCUGUAUAUCAAUUUCAGUCCGCUCUGGGAUCCAGUUGUUGAGCUUAUUGUUUCCCAUGCAAAUGAAAUGGAAAAUAAAUCUUUUUGGAAAGUAUUUUGUGAGCAUUUGGAGGAGUCUGCUACCCGUGCUGAGAAAGAAUUGAAAGAAGAAAAUGAACCGGAGGAAGAGAUAUCAGUCACUUAUGGCCCAGAAUCCAAGUCUAGCUCUGGAGGACACAUUGGAGCACUAUAUAACGAAUCUAUUAAACGCAGAACUAACAUUAAUGACAGAACUGAUUUUACCAAUUUCCGGUUUCUUUUGUGGAAAGCAAUGUCCAUGUUCCCUGACAGGGUGGAACCAAGAUCUAGGGAACUGUCACCCCUUCUGUUGAGGUUUAUUAGCAAUGAAUAUUAUCCAGCAGAUUUAUUAAUUGCUCCUUCUCAGGACCUUAGAAAAAAGCAUCUAGAAAAGGUAAAGUCUGAAGAUGAUGUUAUCAUGAAAGAGAAUGAGACUAUAGAGGAGGAGGAGGAUGUAGAAUUAAAUGAAGUCAAAGAUUCUGGGCCGCAGAAAAAGAAAACAAGGAGAGCAGCCUCAAAGCAGCUAAUUGCUCACUUGAAAGUGUUUUCCAAGUUUUCCAAUCCGCGUGCCUUGUACCUGGAACAAAAAUUAUAUGACCUCUACACACAGCUACUAUGUCAUCAAGAUCAGGAAGUACAGAAGAUCACCCUUGAGUGUGUGAUGAGCUAUAAGCAUCCCCAUCUUCUCCCUUACAAAGAAAACCUGCUAAGGCUGUUGGAUGAUAAAAGCUUUAAGGAUGAAAUUGUCCAUUUCAGCAUAUCUGAAGAGAAUUCAAUAGUAAAAUCCUUCCACCGACCAGAUGUAAUGUCAGUUCUCAUGAGAAUCCUUUAUGGCCGCAUGAGAAGUAAAACUGGCAGUAAAACACAGGGCAAGUCGGCAGCAGGAACCCGCAUGUCUAUUGUGUUAAGGUUCCUGGCUGGGUCACUGCCUGAGGAGAUCAGGAUGUUCCUGGAUCUCCUAUUUGAGCCCAUAAAACAUUUGAAAGAUGGUCAUUGCCUUGCAUCAGUAGUACAAACUGUUGAAAGUCUGGAUCUCGCUAAAGUUCUUCCUCUUGGGCGCCAGCACAGUCUGCUUAGUAGUUUGGAGGUGGUUUUGAAACAUCUCGGACACCUGAUUAGCCUCUACUUACCUGAAAUGCUACAGAUAUUACUGUGCAUGACUGCUUCCGUCUCUUACGUUCUCGAGCAAAGAGAAAAGAUACAGCUAAAAUUCAUCAACCCAUUAAAGAACUUGAGACGUCUUGGGGUUAAACGCAUUGCUGAAUUUUUUACGGAUUUUGAGACGUAUAAUUUCUCUUCAGAUGAGAUUGACGCUAUAUUUCAUGCAGUUGUAUGGCCACAGAUUAGCAGACUUGCUGCUGAAAGUCAGUAUUCCCCAACCCUUUUACUGAAACUUAUCCAUGUUUGGAGCAGUAACAGCAGGUUUUUCCUGUUGCUUGGAAAACAAAGGCCUGGGCAUCCUGAAUAUGAUAUACUUCUAAAUGUGUUUGCACUUCUCUCAACAAAGAACUUAUCAGAGGCUACUGCAAGUCUGGUUAUAGAUGUGGCUGACAAUCUUCUUAACAGCACGGAUUUUGAAGCUGCAGAGAAUCUUCCCUGCUUGUUGGUGAAUGAUUGUGUUCUCUCUGAUGUUGAAAACAUAAAUGAUGAAUCUCCCACUGUGGGUGUAAGGUUGAUAUACCCGCACAUCUCUGCAAUCCUGCAGUACCUCAAUAAGAGUAUGCUGAAUGUGGACAAAAUGAGGAAAAAGAAAUUUAGUGCACAAGUGAGCAAAGAACUAAACAUCCUGUCAAAGAUCAGCAAGUUUAUUCAGGAAAAAGAACAAAGUACUGUGCUUAUUGGGCUCCUUAUUUCCUACUUGCAUAAAAGCAAUAUAGCUCAGGAUACAGAGGUGGAUAUUCUGCAAACAAUUCAGAAUCUGUUAAGACACUGUACAAACCCUGCAAUCUUUCUGAAGCCAAUGGCAAAACUUUUUGCAGUUAUUCAGAACAAAUUAUCCCGCCAGACUCUGUGUUUAACAUUUCAGGUUUUGUCAGAACUGGAUCCCUCAAUGGAAUAUAUCACAGAUGUGGCUGCUAAGCUGAAUGCAUUUGACAAGAGACAUUUAGAUGACAUUCACUUUGAUGUGCGGAUACCAGCUUUCCAAAAAGCCACUGCCCAUAUAAAGGAGAUGAAGUCACUCGACAUGAACUAUAUCAUUCCCCUUAUGUACAACUGCUUCCAUACUAUACAGAUUGGAGAAAUGUCUCUGAGUGACAAUGCCAGCCUGUGCCUUACUGCCAUAAUAACACAGCUUGCAGCAGUGGAACACGAAGAGAUUGAAUUCAGAGAGAUAGUGCAGCGCACUUUGCUGCAGAGUGUGAAAACAGGGCUGAGAAGCAAAGUGGAGCAUAUUCAGCAGGACUACACAACGUUGCUUUCUAACUUGAUCCGGACCUUUCCCAAACAUCCAGAGUUUGCAGAUUUGGUUCAACUUACAGAUUACAAUGACCCCGAAAUGGACUUCUUUGAAAACAUGAAACACAUUCAGAUUCACAGGAGAGCAAGGGCUUUGCGAAAAUUAGCAAAGAAACUUGUGGAGGAGAAUGUGCUUUUAUCCUCUAAAUCCCUCCAGAACUACAUCAUGCCAUAUGCCACCACAACUCUCUUUGACGAAAAGAUGCAAAAGUAUGAAAAUAUGAUCAAUGCAUCUGUGGAGAUGGUAGGCGCAGUGUGCAAACAUCUGUCAUGGUCGGCAUACAUGUACCACAUGAAGUAUUUUAUUCACGUUCUUCAAACUGGGCAGAUCAGCCAGAAGCUGGGUGUCGGCUUGCUAGUGAUGGUGCUUGAUGCAUUUCAUUUUGAUCACAAUACAAUGGAAAAGCAUCUGCAAGCAGUAGAAACUGAAGAAAGUAAAAUGGACACUGACCAACUAGAAGAGGAGGAGGAGGAACCAAUGGAUUUGCAAGAAGAGGAAGAGGAAAAUCUGGAAAUAUCCAAUGUGGAUAGUGAAAAGGCAGCAAAUGUGAUAAGUGAGAAUCUGGAUGAAGAACACAAAAAGAGUCAAAAGCCAAACAUAGCGCUCAAGUCUCUACCAAAGAACAAGGAAGAACUUGCAUCACUUAUCCAACAUAUUCAGGAGACGGUCAAGACUACUAUCAUACCAAAGUUGAAGAAAUGUCUUGAUGCUAAGGUUAAAAGAGAUGAAGAGCACAAGUCUGUGAAAUCCAAAGCAGUGAAUGAGGAGGAAGUUGUUAGGGUUCCAAUUGCCUUUGCUAUGGUAAAACUCAUGCAGACUUUGCCACAAGAAGUCAUGGAGUCUAAUUUACCUAGUAUCCUGCUCAAGCUCUGCGUUUUUUUGAGAAACAGAGCACAGGAAAUCCGUGAUGUUGCCCGUAACACUUUAAUUAAAAUCAUGGAGACCAUUGGUGCUCGGUACCUGCACUAUGUACUUAAAGAGAUGCAAUCUGUGCUUGUCAAAGGAUACCAGGUCCAUGUUCUGACCUUUACUGUCAGUCUGCUGUUAAAAGGGCUGACUGGCAGCCUAAAGAAUGGAGAUUUAGAUGGCUGCUUGGAAACACUGGUCCAGAUUUUCAAUCAGGAGUUGUUUGGGAAUAUCGCAGAAGAAAAAGAAGUUAAAGGUAUUGUUUCAAAAGUAAUGGAAGCACGAAGGAGUAAAAGCUACGACUCUUAUGAACUCCUUGCUCAGUUUGUUGGAAAAGAUCAGGUGGUGAAGCUUAUUCUGCCCUUGAAAGAGGUUCUGGAGGUGACUACAAGCCUGAAGGUGUCACGUAAAGUGCAUGAAGCUUUCCGCCGGAUUGUUUUUGGUUUAAUCGCCAACACAGGAAUGACUGCCCAGCCUGUCCUCUUACUCAGCUAUGGGCUCAUUAGUGAAAAUCUCCCACUAAUAACUGAAAAAGAGAAAAAUAGCCGCUCAGAAAUGCUUCCUCCAGAUCAACGCCUUCAGCCCAAGAGCUGUUUGUUAAUUGAGACACCUAUACCUCGUGGAGGCCUUAAAGCAGCAGUUAACAGCAAGACCAACCUGCACAUCCUUGUAGAGACUGGACUACGGCUGCUGCACAUGAGUUUGAAGAAAUCCAAGGUCAAUUCUUCUGAUGAGCAUACAUUAGAAAUGCUGGAUCCCUUUGUGCUAAUCCUAAUUGGCUGUUUGCAGUCAAUGGAUGUAAAGGUUAUCACUGGAGCAUUGCAGUCUUUCAUCUGGAUCCUAAAGUUUCCUUUGCCUUCCCUUAAAACCAACACAGUGGAACUGAUCAAACAGCUCUUUCUGCUGCUGAAGGAUUACGCAAAAGCUGGAGUAGCCAAAGGGCAGAAUUUCCACUUGGUUGUUAACUGCUUCAAGUGCGUUACCAUACUGGUGAAACACACGAAGGGUGAAAUUACAGAGAAGCAGCUGCAAGUGUUACUGGGCUAUGCGGAGGAAGAUCUGUACGAUUCAUCACGACAGGCUACUGCCUUCGGCUUAUUAAAGGCCAUUGUAUCAAGGAAGGUGAUUGUUCCUGAGAUUGACGAGGUGAUGCAGAAAGUAGCCAAGUUAGCAGUGACUGGGCAGAGCGAACAAGUCAGAGUCCAAUGUCGGCAGAUUUACUUGAAGUACCUUCUUGACUAUCCUCUUGGGGUAAAAUUAAAAACGAAUUUGGAGUUUAUAAUUGCACAGCUAAACUAUGAAUAUGAAACUGGAAGAGAGUCUGCUUUGGAAAUGAUGGCUUACCUUUUCCAGGCAUUCCCAGAAAGCAUUCUCAACCAGUUCUGUGGACUUCUAUUUGUCCCCAUUGUUUUGCUGAUGGUUAAUGAUGACUCCCCUAAGUGUAAAAAAAUGGCUGCUCUGGCAGGGAAAUCCCUUUUAAGUAAAAUCAAUCUUCAGAAGAAGGAUCUGAUGUUCUCCUUGGUCACUCAGUGGCUUUCUAAUGAAAAGUCUGCUCACAAAAGAUUAGGAGCCCAAACAUGUGGUUUAUUUGUUGAAGCUGAAGGCGUUGAAUUCGAGAGGAGACUGGAGCCUGUCCUUACCACCAUUGAAAAAGAAAUUAACCCUGUUAUGUUUGAGGAUCUAAAAGAAGAGACUGAAGAAAAGGCAGCGGAUAGAUUGCUGUUUAGUUUUCUUACAUUAAUUACUAAGCUGAUUAAGGAAUGCAACGUUACCCAGUUAUCAAAGUGCCAAGAGAUUAUGGUUGUAAUACUUGCCCAUGUUCAGUCUCAUUUGUGGUAUCCUCAUAGCUGGGUCUGGCUCACCUCAUCCCAGAUCUUUGGAUUGCUUUUUGCCUUACAAAAGCCAGAAGAUCUUGUCAGUAAAUGGAUGAACAAAAAGCCGGGUAAAAAAGCCACACAGGAAGCAUUAUCUUGCUCGUUCUUAGUGGAACAUCUGGAUGUAAAGAUGAAAGACCUCGCUCUGGCUUUCUGCCAUCAGCUGCAGUCAAAAUUCCUUGACCAGGCUCUGGGAGAACAGAUCAUUAAGAAUUUGCUUUUUGUGGCCAAAGUUAUUUACCUCCUUGCCCCUGGCGUGGAACCUACCCAAACUAGUAAUGGGGAAAUGGAUAGUGAAACAAAUAAGGAUGCUGUAUCUGGGGAAGAGGAUGAUGAUGCUGGUGAUGAAGAGGCAAAGAAGGACAAAGAGGAUGAGAAAAAAGCUACGCUGCUUUGGUUGAUGAAGAGACUGACCAUCUUAGCAAAAAGAGAAGCUGCCUAUACGCCAAAAAACCCAUUAAAGAGAACAUGCAUUUUCAAGUUCCUUGGAGCGUGCGCAGUAGAUCUGGGAAAGGAAAGACUGAAGCCUUUUCUCCUAACCAUUUUAACCCCCCUUUUCAGAGAACUUAGCAGCACCUAUUCAGAACAAGACCCAACUUUGAAGAACUUAGCCCAAGAAAUCAUAGAUCUUCUAAAGAGCUUAAUUGGGCUGGAGGAGUUUUCUUUAGCAUUUGCAUCUGUGCAGAAACAAGCCACCCAGAAGAGGGUGAUGCGGAAAAAACAGAAAGCACUUCAGGCUGUAGCAAAUCCUGAAGUGGCAGCUAAAAAGAAGUUGAAGAAACACAAAAACAAAAUUGAGGCCAAGAAAAGGAAGAUUGAGUUUCUACGCCCUGGAUAUAAAGCCAAGAGAUCCCGCAGCCACACGCUGAAAGAUUUAGCAAUGGUGGAAUAAAUAUGGGACUAUUUAUCGAUUCUGGGCCAACCUUGCCUUAGAAAAAGACUGAAAUGCCAGUGUUUGGAAAUAUUCUCCAAUGUACAGUUUAUUGUACUAAUACCUUUUGUAAUUAAAUAUUCGUAACUUCAUAAAUCAA